AUGGCAGUGCCUUUCGUUGGCAAGGAUGCGCCUUCCGAAACAUCACAGUUCAGCCAUCCGGACGUCUUGAUCGGGCUCACUUGGUUGGCUUUCCGCUUCGGUGGGCUCCGGCAAGGUGAUUUCAGGCGAGCCCUCAGAGCCCUGACGCGACUUCGCCGGGGCGACGCCGACGACGCCAAAGCCCGUGAAGCUGCACGGCUUUAUAACGUUUGGGUGCGUGAGGCAGGCGGCCACGUGCGAGGAUUGCUUGGCGGUGGGGCGCUGGACGCCAAGGCAGCAGAGGCGCAGUCACUCGUUCUCGGCGCGGCUUCUGCACGCGCAGCUGGCGAGGCAGAUGCUGAAACAAAGCUCGUGCCGCCGCUUGAGUGGAUUGAUGGCCGUGACUCCUCGCAGAUGGAGCUCGUGUUCGCAGUGCUGAAGAACUCUCCAUUCCUAAUGGAGUAUUACCUCGACGAUGUCGUUUUCCCGGCGGUCUUACGCCAUGCCGAUGCCAAGCUAUCGGCCAAUGGCCAGGAUCUUGGCGGCGAGGUUCUUUGCUCCAGCCGCCUCGGCUUCAGUGGUACUCCGAACGACUUGUUACCCCUGGCGCUUGGCAAGUGUCAAUACGCCAGAGGCGACGAUGCGAAGAUGCUGAAUACGCUUAGCGAUCCUCUGGUGGUAGACGUGGCGCUGGUCGAUGAUGGAUGGAGUGCACAGACCUUGCUGUCACUCGUCGCGACACACGACCCGCCCUUCAAUGCGCUGAUUGAUGUGGGUGCUUUGAUCACAGGGCUGAGCAACGAGCAGGUCGCGCGGGCCCUGCUGGACUUCGGCUUGCCUUACGAGGCGGUGGUCUUUCUCGACCCGGGGGGUGAGCCCUGGCUUCUGCGCCGGGGACGGAGCGUAGCAGUCAAGAUGUCGAAUUGCUCACUGCCCCUGAGCCGCCGAUUCGUCUUCUACGACCAGGUGCACACCACAGGCAUCGACAUCCGGCAUCCGCCGAUGGCCUGCGCAGCUCUCACCUUGGGAAAGGACUCAACACUCCGUGACUUUGCGCAGGGCGCCUACCGCCUACGCGGCAUCGGCCGCGGCCAAAAGCUGAAGGUGCUUCUGACACCGGAGGUGUCUGCGCGCAUGGAUGAGGAGGUCGUCAUUCCGGCUAUGGACAAAGGUCCGAGCAGCCCCACGGACUUGCCUCUGCCCUCCACCCCACGGAGAUCCAGCACCGGGGAGUCGCAGUCAAGUUCUGGCGAGGUCUCCAUGCUUCAUCGCGUGUGUGCCUGGCUGGUGGUCCGACAGUCCCUGGCGGAGCAGACGCAGCGCCAUCUCUUGGCGCGGCAAGGAGUGCAGUACCAGGGGAGGCGCUGCGCCUUCGAUGCGAUGUCGAAGGCACAGAGUUCAGGGGUCGAUAAGCUGGAGCCCGGGCUGCUGGACCUCUUCCGGGAGAGGGUGGACUACACGGUAGAGGCGGCGCCUCCGGGACACGAGGCCUCGGAUGUACGAAGAACGCUGGAGCGGCUGGCCAAGGACUUGACUCCGUGGCUGGAUGAGGAAGGCACCAAGGCCGUGGCUGGGCUCGUCCGCACGGGCGAUUCCGGCGCAUCCAUGGCCCAGCUUGCUCAGGAGGAGCAGUCCCUGUUUGCAGAGAUGGAGCAGGAGCACGAGCAGGAACUCUUCGCGGAACAGGAGGAGGAGAAGGAGCAAGAGGAGGAGCAAGAAGAGGAAGAGGAGGAGGAAGAGGACGAGUCGGCAGCGCCUGCCGCCAGUUCGUGGCAGAAUAUCCGCCGCGACGAGGCGCCCUCCUCUUGGCCUCUGGCGCUGCUGCGCGAUGCGCCAACCGCCGGCCGCUUCCGACAUUUGAGGGACAUGGCUCUGACUGGUGCACGUGGCGGCGAGACCACGGCCAACUUCCCACCAGAGCUCUUUGCGUCGUCGAACUUCCACCGGUUCGCUGUUGGGCCUCGCCGCUUGCGCUGGCCGAUGGUGGUGUUGGAGUGGUGCCCAGAGGAGACUCCAAAUGCUCCGUCCGUGCCACCAUCGGACGUGGACGACAUGGGUUUGGGUGUCCUGGCGCAGGAGCAGAGUGGGGGCAGCUCGCCCUCCAACGGGGCUCCCCCCUCGCGCCUGCAGUUGGCGCUGGCGCUUCAGGGCCUGGCUGGCAAGGCGAGCAUCUCAGUGCGGGAAGCGAAGGCACUUCUGAGCUCCAUCGGUGUGCUGUCAUCGGGGCCAGAGGAGGUCCAGAAGUUCCUGGAAGCCGUGGUGGAGCAAGCUGCUGACGAUGCCUGCCAGUUCGAUGUGGACGAUGUCGGCGAGACGCCGCCCACUACGCCGCACAACUCCACGGUGCGGAUGUUGCGGAAAGCACUUUCUGCCCGGACCGUGGCGAGAGCGCUGAAGCGCUGUCACGCGAUCGAGGUUCAGCCGGGGCGCUUCUACGCGCUGCUGAGCCUCGGUGAGGCGGAGAGUUUGAGGGCUCUUGUCCAUCGCCGUCGGGAUUUGUCAGGAUUUCAAUUGGCACUCCGACUGCUACGGCGAGAUCCUCUAGGCCUCAGCGUGCUGGAUUCAACGAAAGGAUGGAAGGCAGCUGACUUCAGGUGGCGGGAGGCUCGGCUUGCUCAGUGCCUUCUCUUCCUCAGCGGAGAGGCCCACUACACGCAGGGUGCUCUGGACGCGCUUUGGAGGCAGUUCCGAGAGAGGAACCCGGCCGUUUUGCUGGGGAACUCCUCCGCGGAGGCCACCAGCGGCGAAGCGCUGAAGGAUUUCUUUGCGGCGGCGAUGACCUUGCGGCGGCGCUCGCUGCAAGAGGUCAACUCCUGGAAAGAGGCUCCUGUUGCCCAGCUCUUCGUGGAGCCGCGGUCGUUUUCGCGGCGACAGCGGGAGCGAUUACUGGGCCAAGCCUACCAGCGUCUCCUGGAUGCCGGGCUUCCACCCGAGGUGGCUUUCAACAAACUGGACAGCGACGCAGAUGGGGAGCUCGCGGCGGCGGAUUUCGCGGCAGCGGGCCGUGUGGGCAUUACGAUGCCGGCGGAGCUCUUACUGAGGCUCUUUGAGACCGUGGACACGGCACGGCGGGGCCUCAUCAGCCUGGAGGAGUGGACAACCGCCUUCGAGGUUACGAGGCCGCCUGCGGUCCUGCCUGGGGGCGGCCUGGAGCCUUUGCCGCCGCCAGAGGCCGUACCUCUGGAUGUGCUCCGAAGCAUCGUGAUAGAGCUCGUGAAUCACAGCUCCUUCACGCCUGUGUGGACAUCGGAAGGCAUGCUUUGCCGAAAGCACGUCAGCAUUUGGGCACCAGAUCAGCUUGUGGCUGGCAUCGUGAGGGUCACCGCGCUGAAGAUCAGCGUGGGGCACUACGCCAACCAAGGUUUUUCUGAUGCGCGGGCUGGCAGCGCUUAUGGCGUUGGACGCCGGACGAUCUUGCAGGUGCGGGACCGACGCGCCUUCCGCGGAUAUUCUUCGCAAGCGUAUCUGCAAGCAGUCGCUGAUCACUACUGCCCCCGGCCGACAAAGUAUCGGCAGGUGUGGAGCCAAUCCCGUGGCAGGUCCUUGUUUGUUUGGCGGCCGGUACCGCCCAGUGACGCCUUUGUCGCUUUGGGCAUGGUAGCCACCACCACGCCGGAGCCGCCCCCCUUGGAGGAGGCCCGCUGCGUCCCCAAGGCGUUCUGCCGCCCGGGCGCACAGGCGCCGGCGCAUCUCUGGGACGACAGUGGUAGUGGGGGAAAGCCAGGGUCGAUCUGGCUUGUCAACUCUUCGCAGGUUCUUUGGGCGGCUGUGGGUCAUUGUCCGCCCCACGAAACGGCUUGGGAGUUGGCUACGGAGUCCAUCAGCUUCGACUACACCGGCCGUCCCUCCGUGCAUGUCCUCCACGAGCCACUCGUUGCGGAGUCCGCACGGGAUGCCGAGAAGGAGGAGGUUUCGAAAUCAUCUUGGUCGCUGACAAACCUCUUUGCAGCGCAGUGA